AUGGCUGAAGAUCUCCAUGACAAUCCGAGUCCCAUCGAGUCUGCGGAGGCCUCGUCCUCACGGUCAGGUCCCCGCAGACUCCCGAAGAAACGGACCAAGACUGGUUGUUUAACUUGUCGAAAGCGCCGCAUUAAGUGCGGCGAAGAGAAGCCGAUCUGCACCAACUGCGUCAAGUCAAAGCGAAUCUGUGAGGGCUAUGCCCAGCGAGUUGUCUUCAAGAAUCCCAUCGGUAUCUUCGGGUCUUUUGGUCCCCUACAUAGUCAGGAUCCCCAAAUGCUACAGCAGCAUAUGGGGAUGCCCUUGUACAACGACUAUGGCUCGCAACUCCCGCCCCAGCAGGCCGCUGCCGCCGCUCAGCAUCCAAUGCUUGCCCCGCGACCUGUUGAUCCAGCUACGAUGGGUUACAGCUCUUUCCCGCCACAGAUGCCUCAGCCAGAUAGGACUCAGCCAGGAAAUACUCCUCCGUUCUACUACCCACCUGGUCCAAUGCCAGUGCAAGCGCCGACGCAUAUGUGGCCCAUCGGGCAAUUGGGUCAUACAGAGGGCAUGCCGGUCCCACAAGCCAGCGCUGACUACUCACAGGUGCAGCACCCAGUUCAUUCGGGUCAAUCGAACACUCCACAAAUGCCACAAACAAGCAUACAAUAUCCGCCUGCGAUCACCAGUCCGAUCGGGCAGACGGCUGAAGAAUACGCCUCGAACCUGUCCCCAGUUCCGCCUCUCAAUGAGGUAUCGGAAAGAAAUCAGGACAUUUCAACUCAGAUGACUCAACCUCUGCCGACGAUAUACCAUUAUCAGCCACCACCGGGACAAUUGCCACAGCAAUCAGGUCCUCUUGAACAGUACAUUCCCCAGCAACCGCAGGUGAUAUAUAUGGAAGAUGAAACCGAGGACUAUUACGAUGUGGACUCGGACGAUGAGAUGGACGACCAAUCCCGGGCCGAAGGCUUCAACCAGCUGAGUCUCAUUAUGGCGUCUGCCAACCGCGACGAGCAACAACUACGCUCCUUUACAACUUAUUUGAACGAGCCUAAUAUUCUCGCCUCGUACCGUCCCUCAUAUGGUUCUUCUCCUUUGAACAAUCCCAAAACAGCCCGCAUCUUCGCCCACUUCAUUCAUUCCACCGGCCCCUCUUUGUCAAUAUUUGAACGUCAUCCUACCGACUCUUCGAUUGUCCUAGGGGCUGCCGUGCCCUCCACACGGCAAGGUUUAUGGACCUAUACCCUUGCUCUCAAGGCUUUGGAGCACCCCGCGCUGCUUCAGUCCAUUUUGGCAGUCAGUAGUUUGCAUAUUGCAAACUUGCAGCAUACUCCUGCAACAGUGUCCCUGAAACACUACCACUACGCAUUAAGAAGAAUUGGUUAUGCAGUCGGCCUUCCCCACCGGCGCAAGCAAAUCGGUACACUGGCUGCUACUCUUCUGCUUGGCUACUACGAGGUGAUAUCGGCUGAUCACUCCGGAUGGAACAACCACAUUGCCGGAUCCGCCCAGCUAAUUCGAGAGAUCGACUUUGCUACCACGACCAGAGACCUUCGAGCUCAUCGACGCAGGCUACACGAGCAGCGACGCCAGUCGGACUGGUCGAAUUCAUGGUGGGGGAUGUCUGGCGAUAUCUCCGAGGAUGAUCCCUUCGAGGAAAAAGAAGGCAACAUCGAUGAAGACCUCAUCGGAACCCUUAUGGGUCGUUCAAUCAACUAUGAUCAAUUUGGUGGUAUUGACGAGGGCAACACACAGCCACCCAAGAAGCACUUUACUCGCAAGGACAUUGAGGUUUUCCGAAUCCAGUGCGAUCUCUACUGGUGGUUCUUCAAACACGAUGCAUUCCAGAGCUUUAUUGGUGGGAACAAACUAUUGAUGCCCUUCUCUCAACGGGGUCAGUGUCCGCCCCGAGCGGGUGUCGGUCGGUUAGAUGCCAUCUAUGGCUCGGCAGAUCAUCUAUGGAUGUUGCUUGCUCGAGUGACGGACUUUGGCCUGCGUGACCGGAAGCGAAAACUUAGAACUUUGAAGGCAGGUGGGAAGGACUGGAGGCCUGGUCCUGAGAUGUUCAAGUUCAUGGGUCGCUUUGCUGGCGGUCCCCCUGGCCAAAGACCAGGGCCUCCUGGUGGUCCAGGUCCAGGCCCGGGAGGUCCAGGGGGUCCACCUGGCGGUCCCCCUGGUAUGCAGCCUGGAGGCCCGGGCGGGCACCCGACAGGGGAGCCUCCUGGGCAAUCACCUCAAUCUGCUGACAGCCCUCCCAUGUAUGGGAUGGUACCCCCUCAGCCCCCGACUCGACUGCCGUCUGGAUUUCAAGAAAUACCGCGUGAGCCGCGGGCGUCACCUGACGCGGAUGACCAGAUCGAGGUGAGUUACAAGGAAGCAGAGCAGGAAUGGGAAGAGAUCUUAGCUGCUAUGGAAAUAUUUGCCCAUGCGCUGGGCCGUGACUUUCAGCCUCUGCCAGCGGAUGUCACGCUUCCGAUCGCGACUCCCUUCGGUCCCGCCCUUCAAUAUCGUACGCACACCAUCGCCGUCAUCUGGGGAUUCUACUAUGCUGUGCGGCUUUUGCUGAACCGACUUCAUCCUUCCAUGCCGCCGGCCAUCAUGAUGGCAGCAGGAGUGGCUGCUCCGACGACGGCCGAGUUAGCGCAAACCAUUGGAAAGAUCUUCUCGGGUAUUUACUACCCGCAACGCCAUAGCCUCGAAGCCGGCAGUCUCAAUCCCAAUCUGGGUUCGUCAUUGACUGAAAUGACGGUUCCACUUUUCUUUGCGGCCGUACAGUAUACCGAUGCUAAUCAGCGGGCUUGGACGAUUGCCAAACUCCGAGAUAUCUCUCGUCUGACAGGGUUUAAGUCUUCCGAAGCUGUUGCCGGUGGCUGUGAAAAGGCAUGGACUGUGGCUGCCAAACAAGGUCGGGGGCCACCCUAUCAACGGUCAUUCGAGACUUCACGAGAGCGGGAACGUCAACAAGAGGAGGCUGUGCGGGAAAUGAGUGACGAUCGUCGUUUUGUGACGGUCAAGAAAGAUCGAUCUCAUUGGGCUAUGGGGAUUUUAGAGGAGGACAUAGCCAACUUGGAAGUGUAG